CGCACACGCGUCUCUUGGUCAGCCGGAAUGGUUGUGAUGUGGCCGCUUUGAUUGUUCCACCAUCCGGCGCUGGUUGAUCGAUUAGUGAUUCAAGUGGGCGGGCCCUCCAACGAGUAGACGGGCACCCAUUCUGCCAACGAAUAACGAGCUUAUUACGAAAAAAGAAAAACCAACCAUGGCGACAACACUUCCCCGACCCCGGCAGUCCACUAAGCCACCUGCGGGCGCUCUCCCAGCUCUUCCCAUGGCCAAGUCCCGCAAGAGCACAGGUGGAAUUGCGACGCCGACGAAAUCUUUGAGAUCGCCCUCGGGCGCAGUGCCUAGCCUUCCCACGCUUGCAUCCGCAUCCACCACGGCUUUGCCAACAUCUAAAGCGAACAUCGCCACUCCAGCACCACAGAGGACGUUGAGAAAGGCAGUUAGCAUCAGCUCCUUCCCUCACCCUCCUAGCCGAAUGCCGAGUCUCCCACCGAGUCCCCUCUCGGGAUCUGUUACCCCAGGGCGGAAGUCGCGAACGCCUCAGGCUUCUAAGCUUAGCACCAGCUCGUCUGGGAACCCCUCACUGCUCAACAGCAGUGGAGAGAGUAAAUUGAUUCGGAGUGGAGCCGGCAACCGCGUAUCAGAUGGUCUCAUAAGUGUUGGAUCGCCUACACAGAGCCGGAGCUCGUCGGCACAAGACUCGUACUCCACAUCUGCUACUACGUUUGACGAGCCUGCAGAUCCAAGCAUAACACCAACAAACGACAAGCGCACCUCGAAAGGCUUGGACGGCAAAGGCAAUGUCAUCGUCAGCGUGCGUGUACGGCCCGAUGCCGGCGGCAACAAUGGCCGCCCUGAGGGAGAGUGGAUGGUCGACAACCGCCGGUCACUGGUCGCUUAUCGUGGGAAGGAAGGGGGUGAUUAUUAUUACGACAAUGUGUUCUCAACCCAUGACGACAACAGCAGAGUUUACGACCACAGCGCCAAGCGCCUGGUGCGUCGCGUCAUGGAAGGCUACCAUGGCACGGUAUUCGCUUACGGUAUGACCGGCACAGGAAAGACAUUCUCCAUGCAGGGCACAGCUUCGUCGCCGGGUGUCAUUCCUUUGGCCAUCACCGAUAUCUUCUCGUAUAUCCGCGAGACGCCCUCGCGAGAGUUUCUACUUCGCGUCAGCUAUCUGGAGAUCUACAACGAGAAAAUCCAUGACUUGCUCAGCAUGGGCGUGGAGGAAGACAUCAAGCUGAGAGAGGACAGCAAGCGAGGUGUCUACGCUACACCUCUGAAGGAGGAAAUUGUCCAGAGCCCUACGCAGCUAUUGCGAGUGAUUGCUCGUGGUGACCAGGCUCGGAGGACCGCCAGCACUCAGUUCAAUGCCCGCAGUUCUCGAAGUCACGCAGUCGUGCAGAUCGUUGUGGAAAGCCGUGAGCGGACACCGGGUGUGCCAGGCAGCGACAGCAAACGUUCUGGAGUCCUCCCGGGCGGUGUCCGAGUUAGCACCCUGAGCUUGAUCGAUCUUGCUGGUUCGGAGAAAGCGGCCGAGACGAAAGAACGCCGCCAGGAGGGCUCACAUAUCAACAAGAGCUUGCUGACUUUGGGCACCGUCAUCUCAAGGUUAUCAGAACACAAGGACGGAAAAUCUGCGGACAAGGAUGGAAAGCACCUGCCGUACAGAGAUAGCAAGCUGACAAGACUGCUGCAAGGCGCACUGUCGGGUAACUCUCUCGUCAGCAUCCUCUGCACAAUCGCCACUGGGGCUGCUGGUAGCUCCACCACCGCGAAUACUCAUAUUGCCGAGACGCUGAACACUCUCAAGUUUGCUUCGAGAGCGAAAAACAACAUUGUCAGUCACGCCAAGCGUGCUGAGGAAGCCCUUGGUGUUGGCGGGGAGGGCGGUGCUCGCGUGCUCCUUGAAAGAUAUCGCAUGGAAAUCCUCGAGUUGCGUGGUCAGCUGGAGACGCAAUCAAAGAACCAGGGUGGCAAGACAGACGAUGCAAUCAAGGAGAAGGACGAAGAGGAGGAGAAGGCCCGCGAAAAGGAACAGGAAAUGCGGCAUGAAGAGCAGAUUCUCGAGAUGCAGCUCGCUCGCACCGCGCUCAAGGAGCGCAUCGAACAUCUGAACAGGCUCAUCUUGAGCUCGAAAUCGAGCGGAGUGAAUGCAAGCGGAACAUAUAGCGCUCUUGGCAUACAUCCACGGUACUCUGCAUCGUCGAUGCGUUCUUCGACCAUUACAAGCAGUGGCAAAUCUGGGCUCGAAAGAAAAGGAUCCCUUGCGUCGUCGUCGUCAACCAUCGGCCGGAAGUCGAUUGGCCCCCGGCAUUCCAGUGAUGGUGAGCCUGGGUCGAAUGAGGACGAUGAUGGCCUGGGUGAGUUUGGCGACGGCAUGGCGACUUUGCAGGCACAAAAUCAGGCACUGCAGUCGGACUUGGCGGACAAGACGCGGUAUAUUGCGACACUCGAGAAGCGGCUUUUGCAAGCCCGACGAGCCAGCUCUUCACGAACGUCUCUAGGCUUUGCGUCCCCGAACAAGAGCAUCAUGGUUGGCGAGGAUCACAGCGUCUCGGCGAUUCUCAAGGAGAAGGAUUCAGAAAUUGCCGAAUUGCGCGCUCGACUUGAAGACAAGGAUCGGAUGUUGACGGCUCUGCGCAGUGCUGCACGGUCGCGGGACGCAGCCGAGGGUAUCGAGAGUCCUCGUCUAGAGAGCCUCAAGGCCGAAGCACGACACUCGCUGCUGCACGAAGGAGCCGCUAGCCCGCCACCACAAGGGGCACUGCCUGACCCACCGGUCAUGGGCGGUGUGCCACAGUCGCCACGAAGCAUGCGGACGAAGAGCGUCGAUGAGAUGAGUCGCAUUCUCGACGAGAUGAUUCAGGAUCGGGUUGAGACUGGUCACCUUGUGCGAGGCUCCCGUGGGAGUGUUCGGGUGGUUGCGGAUCGGCGACCAGACGGUGUUGGGGCGCACAACGUGCUCGGUCUCCAACCAUUACGCGAGGCAUCUCGCUCUCCUGUACUGCGCACAGAGUCGUCUGCAGAUCAGGCCGAGUGAUGGAUGCGAUCAUGGGCGUGGUAUCAGGACAUUACGAUGCAUGCGGACGACAGCAUGCCGGCGACGCUUUGACUGAUUUCAAGGAGGCAUCUGGCGUUUUUUUUUUCUUUGGAGGGACGGCUUUGGUCCCUUUUUGAUUUUCUUUUUUGGUGUGCUAUACCCU